AUCGGGAUGAAUCAGAAUUUUUCUUCUAUGAUUGAUCGGUAUAAACAUCAACAACUCCGAAUUGGAUCAGUUUCGCCUCAACAAAUAAGUGCUUGGGCCAAAAAAAUCCUACCUAAUGGGGAGAUUGUUGGAGAAGUGACAAAACCCUAUACUUUUCAUUACAAAACCAAUAAACCUGAAAAAGGUGGAUUGUUUUGUGAAAGAAUUUUUGGGCCUAUAAAAAGUGGAAUUUGUGCUUGUGGAAAUUAUCGAGUAAUCAGAAAUGAAAAAGAAGACCAAAAAUUUUGUGAACAAUGCGGAGUCGAAUUUGUUGAUUCUCGGAUACGAAGAUAUCAAAUGGGCUACAUCAAACUGGCAUGCCCAGUAACUCAUGUGUGGUAUUUGAAACGUCUUCCUAGUUAUAUCGCAAAUCUUUUAGAUAAACCUCUUAAAGAAUUAGAAGGCCUAGUAUAUUGCGAUGUGUGAUUUGAUCGAAAUUCUGAUUUUACAGUUUUGAAAUGAAAAACUGUCAUCCCCUACUUUUUACGAUUACGAGGUUCAUUCGAAUACGAAAUUCAAUCCUGGAAAUACAGUAUUCCACUUUUUUUUACCGCCCAAGGCUUCGAUACAUUUCGAAAUCGAGAAAUUUCUACAGGAGCUGGUGCUAUCCGAGAACAAUUAGCCGAUCUAGAUUUGCGAAUUAUUAUAGAUUAUUCAUCGGUAGAAUGGAAAGAAUUAGGGAAGAAGGGCUACGGGAAUGAAUGGGAAGAUCGAAAAGUUGGAAGAAGAAAGGAUUUUUUGGUUCGACGCGUGGAAUUAGCUAAGCAUUUUAUUCGAACAAAUAUAGAACCAGAAUGGAUGGUUUUAUGUCUAUUACCAGUUCUUCCUCCCGAGUUGAGACCGAUCAUUCAGAUAGAUGGGGGUAAACUAAUGAGUUCAGAUAUUAAUGAACUCUAUAGAAGAGUUAUCUAUCGGAACAAUACUCUUAUUGAUCUAUUAACAACAAGUAGAUCUACGCCAGGAGAAUUAGUAAUGUGUCAGGAAAAAUUAGUACAAGAAGCCGUGGAUACACUUCUUGAUAAUGGAAUCCGCGGACAACCAAUGAGAGACGGUCAUAAUAAGGUUUACAAGUCGUUUUCGGAUGUAAUUGAAGGCAAAGAAGGAAGAUUUCGUGAGACUAUGCUUGGAAAACGGGUUGAUUAUUCGGGGCGUUCUGUCAUUGUCGUAGGCCCCUCACUUUCAUUACAUCGAUGUGGAUUGCCUCGCGAAAUAGCAAUAGAACUUUUCCAGAUAUUUGUAAUUCGUGGUCUAAUUAGACAACAUCUUGCUUCGAACAUAGGAGUUGCUAAGAGUAAAAUUCGGGAAAAAGAGCCAAUUGUAUGGGAAAUACUUCAGGAAGUUAUGCAGGGGCAUCCGGUAUUACUGAAUAGAGCGCCGACUUUGCAUAGAUUAGGCAUACAGGCAUUCCAACCCAUUUUAGUGGAAGGCCGCGCUAUUUGUUUACAUCCAUUAGUUUGUAAGGGAUUCAAUGCAGACUUUGAUGGGGAUCAAAUGGCUGUUCAUGUACCUUUAUCGUUGGAGGCUCAAGCGGAGGCUCGUUUACUUAUGUUUUCUCAUAUGAAUCUCUUAUCUCCAGCUAUUGGAGAUCCCAUUUCCGUACCAACUCAAGAUAUGCUUAUUGGGCUCUAUGUAUUAACAAGCAGGAAUCGCCGAGGUAUUUGUGCAAAUAGGUAUAAUCCAUGUAAUCACAGAAAUUAUCAAAAUGAAAGAAUUUACGAUAAUAACAAUCAAUAUACGAAAGAAUCCUUUUUUUCUAAUUCCUAUGAUGCAAUUGGUGCUUAUCGGCAGAAAAGAAUCAAUUUAGAUAGUCCUUUGUGGCUCCGUUGGCAACUAGAUCAACGCGCUAUUGCUUCAAGAGAAGCUCCCGUCGAAGUUCACUAUGAAUCUUUGGGUACCUAUCAUGAGAUUUAUGAACACUAUCUAAUAGUAAGAAAUAUAAAAAAAGAAAUUCUUUGUAUAUACAUUCGAACUACUGUUGGUCAUAUUUCUCUUUAUCGAGAAAUCGAAGAAGCUAUACAAGGGUUUUGCCAAGCCGGCUCAGAUGGUAUCUAAUCAUAGGGAUCUAAGCUAAGUAAUUCUAUGACACUGGCAUGAAUUCCGAUCUCUUCGGUUCAGCUAGGACCCUAGUUCCUGAAUUUCAUUUCUAUGCAAAUCAAGAUCGAGAAAAGGAAGUUUCCAAUCAUUGACUCAAAUCCAUUGUCGAA